CGUAUGGAAAACUGCCGUUAGAUAACAGGGAACUCUCUGUUCUCUCUCUUUUCCAGAUCUCUUCUCUCGAAGCCAAACUGUGGCGGUUUUGGUAUUUUCCACUGGUUCAAAUCAUCGAAUUAGAUCCUGUCUAAUAUCCAUCAGCUCUCAAAUUCUUAGAAUUCAAAUCACCAGCGAUGAGAAACAGCAGCCGUUUUAUUGCUCUUGUCUCGUUUCUUCUUGUUCUUCUUCUGGCAAACUUAGCAAUACACUGCGAAGCUGAAGUACUAACCCUAACUCCUGAUACUUUCUCGGACAAGGUUAAGGAGAAGGACACCGUGUGGUUUGUGAAAUUUUGUGUUCCUUGGUGUAAGCACUGUAAGAACUUGGGUUCAUUAUGGGAAGACUUGGGGAAGGUGAUGGAGGGGGAGGAUGAGAUUGAGAUCGGGGAAGUAGACUGCGGUGCCAGCAAACCUGUUUGCUCCAAAGUCGACAUUCAUUCGUAUCCUACUUUUAAAGUGUUUUAUGAUGGAGAAGAAGUUGCAAAAUAUCAAGGUCCGAAGAAUGUUGAAUCACUUCGGACUUUUGUUCUGGAAGAAGCAAAAAAGGCAGCAACAAAGGCAGAGCUUGACAGUGACAAGGACUUGUGAUUGUUCUUUCAAGGUAGGCACUGACAUCCAUAUGAACUUUUAAGUUUAGAUAAACCAUGAUAUAAUCGAGGCAGGAAGGGUUCUGAGGUGUAGGAAGAUAGAAUUGAGUUUAAAAAUUGGCUGGAAAGAGUGAAUAUUCCAUCCACCAACCCUCUCCCCCUCCCCCCAAAAAAAUAAAUCAAAUGCGCAAAAUCUCUUCAAAAUAAGAUGCCUGAUAACUUCUUACGAUUUCCACAGACAAAGCUUCCAUCUUUUGCAGUUCUUGGAUGUUUUAGUUGAACCAGGGAUGCCGGCUGACAUUCCCUAUAGAGUGCAAAUGAUUUUCUGGAAGGCCAAUCAUCAGUCAUCUUGUGGAUCUGCAAUUUUGCUCGUAUUUCAUCUUAGUCUAUAGCAACUUAGAUGCUGAACUGAUCUGAAUAUAGAAAAAACUGGUUUGUUUAGAAGAACAUCUUUUGUGACAUUUGAAAAAUUAGUCAUUGUGAUUCAGAGAAAAUCUGAACGUACAAGAAAUGGUUUGUUUAGAAGAACAUUUUUUAUGACAUUUGAAAAUUAGUUACUGUGAUCCACACAAAAAAAAAAAAAAAAAAAAAAUCUAUGGGCAUCAGAUUGCCUUCUACUUCAUGUUCCC